AUGGGGAAGGAGUCGGGGGUCCCUGGACACGUCCUGCGGGCAUUGCCGCUGCCUGACAGCAGCCGGGGCAGCUGCGAGAGCCUCUCUGCCCAGGUUAGCGACAGGGCAUCCCGAUGGCUGGCGGCUCAGACACAGAAUCUGCGAGGGUCAGUGGGCUCCAGAGGGCCCCAGAACUGGGAGCGAAGGAGUUGGGGGUGGGAGGUGGCCUCUCUUAAAUGCUGUAGUUUGCAGACAACUGGGCACUUGCAAACCCAGUCUAUACACUUGAAGAGCCCCGUUCCCCAAGCUGGGGCAGCGUGCAGGAUCCAUGCCUCUGUGCAAAGCCCUGCACACAGGGCAGUGUCAGGGGGGCACAGGGCAGCAUGCGUGCAAAGGCCCCAUUUUAGUUUUGCAUUGGCUUCCUGGUGCUUAACCCUUGCUGCGUCUCAAAGCCGCCGGCUCCUGAGCCUGGUUCUCAUGUCCUGCUUCCUCCACGCAGGGGGGAUCUGCUGGCUGCAGCAGGGGAAGGAAGCCAAAUGCACCAUGAUCCUCCAGACGGGCGUGACCUGGGAGGAGUGCUGCAGCAAUGGCAACGUGGACGUGGCCUGGUCCAACUACACCUACCCAGGCAACAAGAUCAGCCUCCUGGGCUUCCUGGGACUUGUGACCUGCCAUCCGUGCAAAGAGUCCUGCGAGGGGGUGGUGUGUGGUCCCGGCAAGGUCUGCAAGAUGAAGCACGACCGCCCCCAGUGCACCUGCGCCCCCGACUGCUCCCGCCUGCCCAGGAAGCUGCAGGUGUGCGGCUCCGACGGCUACACCUACCGGGACGAGUGCGAGCUGCUGACGGUCAAGUGCAGAGACCACCCCGACCUGGAAGUGAUGUACCAGGGAAAAUGCAAAAAGUCCUGCUCCAGUGUGGUGUGUCCCGGGACCCACACCUGUGUGGUGGACCAGACGGGCAGCGCCCACUGCGUGAUGUGCCGGGCGGCCCCCUGCCCCGAGCCCACCAGCCUGGACCGCGCGCUGUGCGGCAACAACAACGUCACCUACCCAUCUGCCUGCCACCUGCGGCGGGCGACCUGCUUCCUGGGCAGAUCCAUUGGCGUCCGUCACUACGGAAGCUGCUUGGCUGUGCCUAAAUACUCCCCAGAUGAGGACGAUGCUGAAGAAAACUACGUGUGAAACUUUCCUUGUGCGCCAAGAGGCCGAACCCGGGAGCUAGGGGCAUUAUGUGUAUAUUGUACGAACCAUAUACCCGAUAUUUAUUAAGAUAAAAGAUCCUUAUUUAUAGCUGUUUAUGUUAUGCCGAUGCGCCCCCCCCGCUCUCAGUCGCUCCGUUCCUGCCAUCGGGGUGUAGAGGUGGGAGGGCGUGGAGUCGGGGGGUCUCCCCAUCGCUGCUGAGGCAGCUUGGACCCCGGCGUAAGUUAGAGCAGCCUCAGGGUUGCUUUAAUUUAUGCUCUGCUCCCCAUGGAAAGCAGAGAGGACCGGCGAGGUGGGCCCGGUCUGGUCCCAUCUGUCCUCUUUGCUGGGGACUUGAAGCAGGAUGGGGGCAUUUCUACGCUUGCUGCCACCACCAGUCGGGCCCACGCUGUACAUUCGCCCCUAGACGACAGACCUGGGCUUAUUUAUUCACUUGUCUUCCCUCUUAGUGCCAUGUCCGCAGACGCUUCCUGCCUGCAGCUCAGUGCGUGGGGGAACUUGCCGUGCUCCCCUCCCCUUGGAGCAGGUGGCUGAUGGGAGGGAGGGUGACCCACGUUCCCUUGCUGGAGCUGGGUUUGCAAGCAGAGAGUAUAAAACGGGGAGGGGACCCAGCUUCGUCCACUGUCCAGGCCUCUGCGUUGUGCAGAGUGGGUGCAACCAGGCACGCUGGCUUGGGUUGUCGGCUAGGCAAGGAGCCUGGGAGCCUGGGGGCUAAAUGCAGGAGCCUUUGUUGCUUGAGCUAAGAUCCCCCUCUAGGCUGCAGCAGGCUCAUCGCUUUUGUGGAUGUCCCACCGCACGGCUGGGGCGGGGGGUGGGGUGACAGAGCCCCAUGCUGAGAGCAUUGCACCAUCUCCUCCAUCUGACUUCGGAGCCUGGGGUCCAUGGUGCAUGGAUCAGGGGAUUAGUUCAGGCCUCUUUUUUUGGCAGCGACUGUCUGUGGACACAGCUGGUCCGCGCCACUGCAGCUGCCGAUGCUUGUCCAGAGCACGGUGACCAAAGUCAGGGUGGCAUUUUUGGGCAGAGAGCGGGGCAUCAGGCGGCUGGGCUCCCUUGGCUGGUGGCUAGUGGCGUGCUUCACACGAGCUUCGACUCCGCACGCUCUCAAAGCCCAUCACUCCCCCUCCAGCCUGUUACACCUAGAAGGGGCUUGGCCCAGGCUCUGCCUGUCACUUGAUGUUGUUCCCACUCCCAGACAGUAUUCCCCGCGUACCACCCUUGCCCCGCUCCGGCUGCCGAGUGCUGUGUGCAACAACCCCAGGAACAAGGGAGUUGGGCGGGUUGCCCCGGGCACCGGCGGGCAAGGCUUAUCUCCCGGGCCAUGCCACUGCCAGGGCUUGCCCGGCCCUGCUUUUGGGGCAGGGACCCUUCUGUCCUGCACAGCGGGGCCUUGCCCUCCUCAUCGCUGAGCACCGCAUGGACCUCCCUGCUGUCCGAACUGGACGCUGGCCCCACAGCUUCUUGCUACACCUGCCUCCCCCCCCUUUCCUGUAUUUAUUUUGUACAUCCCCUGCGCUGCUGUGUACAUAGCGCGUCACCUCCGACACUGUGCAAUCCGGGAACUUUUGCCUUUAUAUAAAUAUGAUAUAUAUAUAAAUAUAUAUAUAUAUAUUAAAAAUCCCCUAUUUUCUAUUUUUGUAUGGUUGUGUCCCCAUCGGUUAGAACCGUGCAGCGUAACACGGACCUCUCCCAUCCCAGACUGGUAGAGGCAUUUUAUGGCUAUGGUACAUUUUGGGUUAUCAUUAAAAAAA